UUCUAUAUGGACUAUGUUUUUCUUUUUCUCCGAUUAAUGUGGGAAUUUCUAAGCCGUGAGAACGAACGUGGAGGCUCAUUUUUCUAUUCCUUUAAUAAGUUAAUAGAUUUCUAUUAAGAACUUAAAAAAUAGGUAAGUUAUAAAUUAUCAUAUGAAUGAUAUACAAGGAAAAACGUAGUAACCUCAUGUUUAUUCUCUUCCAAAAAACCUAUAGACAAUGGAAUUUGUAAGAAUCAAUCUUUUGUUUUAAAUGACUAUAUUUUUUUCCCUAUAAUAGGACACAAUUCCUCCAACCAAAGGACAAGCCAAAUUCAUUGUCGUGUUAUUAUUCUCACUGUAGUCCAAGUGACCAAAACCACCUACAAAAUCAUCACCUGUUUCAUACUUUGGGGUCAGAAUUUUUAGAUUUUAGUCCUACCAGAUUUCUUUUUUAAAUGUUUUUUUUAAUAAAGGUGGAAUACAAAGGAAUACCUUAAUCCAUAUGAGUUUUGAAGGGAACCAAAUAUGACGUUCAACCUGAUUAAAAAAAACUCAUACAAGCCUUUAUCUCUCAUCAAAUUCCUAACCCUAAAUUUUGUCACAUUUAUGUCAAAAUUCUACAUUUGUUCCUCUCAUAUGAUUUGCCAAAUUUCUACAUUUGUUCCAAUCAUAUAUUUUAAAUAGCCUUCGAGCCAUCGAGGGAUAAUUAGAAUAUAAAGUUAAUCAGAGAAUUUUUAUCUUUGCAUAUAUCAGUGGGCCUGGUAGUCAGUCACAUCCAGGUGAAAAUUUCGGUCAAAUUGGUCUUAAUAAAAAAAAGGAGAAAAACUCUGUUCUUCCUAACAUCCCAUUUCAAUCGGUCAAUCCCCUCGAAAGGAGUUCUAAAAAAAAAAAAAUCCCCUCGAUGGUUCGCCCGAGCUUCCCUGCACUGCACGGCGGCAGCGGCAGCCCACUCCUCCCGGCGUAUGGCCGCGGCGGCGCUCGCGACUCGCCAACCCCUCUCGCGGCUGCGGCUCUUCCCGAUCCGGCUGUAGGAUUCCAGUUUAGUGGCGAAUGCCCAGCAGUUCUGGAAUGAGUGGGAGAUCCAGUGCCUUGUGCUUGCGAGCUUUAGCUUGCAAGUGUUCCUUCACUUCUUCUCUAGCAUUCGCAAGGGUAACACCUCCCGGUUAUUAAGCUCGCUGCUUUGGCUGGCAUACUUGUUAGCCGACUACGUUGCAACAUUCACGCUGGGUCGCCUGACGCUCCACGUUGAUGAUCCACGCCAUCAGCUUGUGCUCUUCUGGACACCGCUCCUGCUGCUGCAUCUUGGUAGCCAAGAGACAAUUUCGGCCUUCUCCAUUGAGGAUGCAAUGCUGUGGAAGCGUCACCUCCUUGGCCUCGUCUCCCAGGUGGCCCUGGCAAUUUAUAUCGUAGCAAAGUCAUGGCGUCCGGACAAGCAACUUUUGGGGCCCUUGGUGCUUAUGUUCAUUUCUGGAACAAUCAAGUAUGCGGAGAGAACAUGGGCACUUAUGACUGCCAGCAGCUCAAUGUCGCCAGGGAGCGAUUCCAUGGCAGAUCAUGUGCUGGGGGUACAAGACGAUGUUAUCUUAGACGCUAAAUCCUAUUUUGAUGAGUUGCAUAGUAUUUUCCCUGGGAAGAAUGUGCUGGACAUUGAAGGUCACAAUGGAGGAAGAAGAACAGAUGACGAUGGCUAUGAGGGUCUGGUGAUGGCUGCUGGCAAGGGCUUCCGGUUAUGCCUUGAUUUUCUGACAGACAUGACCCCUUUCCUGGUAUGGUCUAACACAGACACUAUAAUUGAUAGUGCCAUUAAGAAGCUCCGUACUUCAAAUCCUGAAACACAAGUGCAGAUGGCUUAUAAACUGGUGGAGAUCCAGCUCUCACUUAUCUAUGAUUACUUAUACACCAAGUAUGGGGCACUUCAGUUCCGCCUUGGCCUUGUCAGCAGCGGAAUCGAGCGGCUCAUUACAUUUUUCUCAACUUUGGCAGCCCUAGGCUUGUUUGUGGGUGCCAAUCUCAAGGGGCCAUUCAACUACAGCAGAGAAGAUGUCAUGGUGUCCUACGUUCUGCUAGCCGGUGCAAUCACACUGGACAUAUCCUCCAUCUUCAUGCUUAUCUCGUCAUAUUGGCUGCAGUUACACCGGAGAGGUGGCUUGUUUGGCUGUUCUUUCAGUCUUGCCAAGUGUGUUCAUGCAGGGAGCAAACCACUGUGGUCAGAGAAGAUAGCGCAGUAUAACUUGAUUGAUGCAUGCAUCCAAGAAGAACGUGGUGGCAUAAUAUGCGGUUGGGUGAUGAGGAGGACAGGCAUUGUGUCUGACAUCAAUAUGAGUAAUACAGUCUCUCCUGAACUGAAGAAAUUGGUACUGGACAAACUGUUCGAGGUAGCAAGCACCCGGAGUGUAAGUGAUUACUGGGACUGGGAUUUCAGCAAGUACCGUGGCAUGUGGUUGCAGUGGUGGCUGCAGGAGGGGAGAAUCCAAGCUGACAUAGCUCAAGGAAUACUAACUGAUGGCAUAACCGACACUGACUUGUAUUUUCCAAUGACAGUCAUUGUUUGGCACAUCGCGACGGAGAUGUGCUGGUUCGCCGACGAGGAUGACUAUUCCCCAUGCAGGGCCCCGAGCAUGGAGCUGUCAAGGUAUGUCAUGUACCUCGUUGCAAAACGGGAUGUGAUGAGUGGCAGCAAUGGACACUUUGAGCUUGGCAAGGCACGCCGCCAGGUGAAGCGCAUCCUUGAAGGACGGGGUAUCAGUGAUGAGAGGGGGCUCCUGAAGUAUGCACGACAGGCAACCGGCCAGGUGACCGAACCAUGCUUCGGUCGUGGCCGGGCAAUCUCUGAGCACCUUCUCAAAAUAAGCAACAGAGCUCUGCGCUGGGAGCUAAUCUCCAUGCUGUGGAUCGAGAUGUUGUGCUAUCUUGGACCCAAUUGCGGGGCUCAGUUCCAUGCCAAGCAUUUGAGCACUGGUGGUGAGUUUGUCACGCAUGUCAGGAUCCUACUGGUUGUUCUUGGCAUUCCUUUUCUCAGGUCUGACAUGAAACCAGGGAAAUUCUGAGAAAGAAACUAAUGAUUGCGCCUGCAGCUUUGUUUCGAGAAAACCCCUUUGUAUGUGUGUCACUAUGUAUUUAUGUUAGCUUGGGCUGUUUGUUCCAGUCGUAUGUAUCUUUGCAUAAACCUAAGUUUCAGAAAAUGCCUGAUUUUCUAUUAUCUAAAGUAUUUACUUGGUUCUGUUGAUUUGUUGUUUGUUGUAAGUUCAAAUCUUGUGUUCCUUAUGCUAAAGCUGCUUUCCUCC